ACGUGACAGUCGAUCAUCAUUUGAUAUUCUCUGUUUAAUAUCAUUCUUGACGAAUAAUUAGUAGAAAAAUCUAAAAUUACAUCGUGCAUCUUUCUUCCGACGGAUACCAUUAACGAAAUCGUAUUUAUCAUUAUCAGAAGUCGGAUUGGAAUGUUUAUUAAAUGACCUUACAAUUAGCGUAACCAACAUUAGCGACGCAAUGGAAAAAUUUGCUAUUGAUUUGGACAAGGUUUUAGACGAUUUUGAAUUUAAUGAAGAUUGUGCAGAGCAAAUAGCAUCAGUUAAUCCUUCAGUAAAUAAUGCAUCCUCAUCUGCAGUUAAAUGUAAUCUUGAACCAUCAGCUUUAAAAACUUAUAACUAUCUUCUAAUAGAGCCUAAAAAAGCCAAUAAAGAAUUUGAUAUAAUAUUGUCCUUAGAAAGGCACAAAGAUUCACAGCAGAUAAAUACAAAAAAUAAAUGUGCGAGUGAAAAAAAUAUAGGCUCUGACAAUCUCAAUUACAACACAGAGGAAACGACAAUAGAAAGUACAGAUGUAAAUCAGUUUUAUACAGAGGAAUGUGCAAAUCAUAGUAAAGUUGUGCAAAAACAAUCUAUUCCACCUUACGACUAUGAACAGGAUUCUCAGGCAAUAUAUAAUGACAUAACACUAAAAUUGAUGCCAAAACAACAAAAUGGUAGCAGUAGUCCAAAGAUUGACAAUAGGUAUGAUAAAAAAUUGAACCAAUUUAAUCUGAAACCUAGUGUUAGCAAUGUUUUCAGUAGUUUAAAUGAAUACAUAAAUGCUCCACCUGGAAGUUCAGAUUGUAUUCAUUCUGUAUUAGAUGAGCAGGAAGUACAAUCUGAUUUAGAAUCUAAAACUAUUUACCAUGAAAAUGAAGUACCUCAGUCAAUUGAAAGCACUAGUAAAGACAGUAUAGCACAUAAACAAAUGGCAGAUGUAACCAAUUCAACUACAGAAGCUUCCAUUUCAAGUCAUCAGGAUGUUACAAUGCCUGUAACAUUAGAGUUGCCUAUUCCACAAGAAACUAGUAUCAAAGAAAAUAUUGUAAAGAAAGACCACGUAACAAGUGUUAAAAAAUUGGAAAGUAAAACAGAACUACCUGAAGAUGUUACAGUUACUGAAAGCUGUGCUGAAUUAAAUAGUAAAGUAGAAGUUACAAAUGAAGCACAUCAUUUUGAAGACAGUGUGAAUCAAGAAAAUAAUUUUCCACUUGAGUGUACUUGUGCUCAGAGUGAUUACUGCAAGGAGGAGUCUGCAACACAGUUACAAGAGAGUGAGGAAGAACUAACAAUAGAAAAUACUGAUAUAACUGAAAAGUAUGAGAACAGUUUAAUUCCAAUGCAUAAACCAGUUGGAUUUAGUAAUAUUGAUAAUUUAUCAGAGGAUGAAUUAACUAAGUAUUUGACUGAACUUGAAGAAGAGGAGAAAUUAAAAGAAGAUUCUAACAAGCAGGACUAUAUAAAAGAAGAAACAGAUAAAGAAAUAUUGAGUGAAACAUUAGAGGAACAAAAUGUACAACAGCAUGAUGAUCAAGUAAAUGAAGAUAAACCUAGGGAUAUUUUAAAUCAUUUAAAUAGUGAAGAAGUAAAAUUAUUGCAUACAACUGAUGUAGCUGAAGAUGAUAAGGUGAAAUUGGAAGAGAUUUAUGUAACUCUACAAAAUGAAAGUGUGCCUAAUGCAAAAACUACAAGGGAUAGCCAAGAACACUCUAUGUAUAAUUUAAAUGUUAACCAGGGAUCACUAAGUAACAGUAAGGCUGAGGAGUUAAAAGAACAGCAAGGAAGUUCUGCACAACAUAGUCAAGCUUGUGAGUUAAAAAUACAAAGUGAUAUUGAUAGUACAUCUGAAAAAAGAAAUUCAAUGACACCUGAAAUAAAAGUAUUAAGUGAUAAAGCAAAACAUAAUGAUGAUGCAGUGUUUACAUCUGCAGAAGUUUCUGCAAGAUCAAAUGUGAAUGAUAUCAGUGAUGAAUCAGAGAAGCCAGCACGUCCCCAGACUUUGGACAUUGUUUCGACAAAUAAUAGUAAUGAACAUCAAGCACUUGGUUCUUCAAAUGAUAUAUCAUCAGGUCAAGCACAAUUAGAUGUUAAUGGUACAAAGGAAGAGCAGGGAUCUUCUCCAGAUAUUUUAGAAAAUUCUAUACCAGAAUCUAGUUCAGUCUUGGGAAAACAACCUCCAUUCUGGGUUCCUGAUAGUGAUGCAGCCAGUUGUAUGCUCUGUGAUGUUAAAUUUACAGUACUCAAAAGACGACAUCAUUGUCGUGCAUGUGGAAAGGUGCUAUGUAAUAAAUGUUGUAGUAUGAAAUACAAAUUAGAAUAUCAGGGGAAUAUUGAUUCCCGUGUUUGUGUUUCCUGUUAUCAGCUUCUUACUAAAGCUGAAGCAGAACAAGGCAUGGGAGAGUGGUCUUCUAGUUACUCUACAUGUGCAAAUAACAAUGAUAUUAAUUCACCUCAGGAGAGACAGCCUAACCCAAAUAAUCCCAUGGAGUACUGUUCAACUAUACCACCCUUGCAACAGUUAGCUGGCGGAUUGCCUCCACCCCCUACAGUUAUGGUACCUGUUGGAGUCCUUAAAAGGGAAGGUGGUACAAAAACCCGGCCAGAAAUUUCAAAAUCUGUUAUGUUCAGCGAUGGAAUAAGGCCUGGCUGUGACCUGACAGAACUAGACAUAUCCUGGGAUCUGAAGCUGUACCGGAAGUCAGAGAACAAGAGGAUGUCAGCGACUGGAUCGUCUAUACCAAGUACCUCUGUCAAGAAGCAGAACGUGCCGCGCUUAGACCCAAACACUGAAAGCUUUGUGCCACAAGAUCCUACCGCCCUACCACCUACAGUAACGAUACAUAAAGGACAAGUAUCGUUUCACGCUGUGACGGACGAGGGCCUUCUCUAUAAAACGCUGAAGAACGAAUGUGAACCACCAGUCAUGUUUGCCAUUAAUCGGAAUCUCUACGCUUAUGUUAAAAUAUUGACUUUAAAUUGUUGCAUAAACAAAAUAUGUUGGAAUGUGACGUCCAAAGGAUUGGAUUGCGUCGGACAGGAUGAAGUUAUAUUCUUAAUUGAAGUAUUGCCUGAUGAAACCCGUGUUCCAAAGGAUCUUCUCUUUUUUAUUAAUCAGUUAUAUCUUGAAGCUAUCAAAGGAAACAUUGUGUCUGAGAUGGGAUUUUCGAUAUAUCAGGGAGGAAAUCUUUUGGAUUCUCGGGAGCAUUCAGGAUUCUUGUUCAUACGACAAACGUUACAGUGCUUACAAAAAAUUGUAUUACCUUCUGCUCCGUACCUAAUUGGUCUUUUAGUACACAGAUGGGAAACACCAUGGGCGAAGAUAUUUCCAUUACGUCUCGUUUUACGGUUUGGAGCAGAAUAUCGUUACUAUCCUUGCCCAUUGUUCUCUGUACGGUUUCGAGACGCUUUAUACUUCGAGAUAGGGCACACGAUCAUGAAAGUUUUAGCAGACUUCAGAAACUUUGCAUACACAUUACCGACAGUAAGAGGAUUGACUAUUCACUUGAAGAACAGAAUGUCGUACGUAAUGUUUCCGAGAAAUCGAUACGAUCAAGUGAUCAAGGGCUUGAAUAAUUCCAAUGAUCACGUAUUAGCGUACGCCUCAAACUUUAAUAUCUUUGCUGACUCGCAUUUCGUUUGUAUACAAACUAACACUGGCGAUGAAAGCACUUAUCAAACACAAGCGAUAAGUAGGCAUCAUAAUCAACCAAGAAUAGUAACGGGAACAAGUUUCAUUGUUAUCAAUGGAGCACUGAAAUCGUCGAUGGGUCUAUCAGCAAAAUCCACAAUAGUUGAGGAUGGAUUGAUGGUAGAAAUAAUGCCGGAAAAAAUGGAAGCCUUGAAAGCAGCUUUAAAAAAUAUGCAGGACUUCACGAUUGGUUGUGGUCGACAGGGAGCACCUGAACCGGAUGAAACAGUGACUAUAAAAUGGGUCCGUAAUGAUAUGCAAUUCAACUUGGGAGUGAAAAGUCCUAUCGAUGGACAAUCUAUGGAUUAUAUCCCGUCAAUCAGAGUACGCAAUGUUACCGAUUUCAAGGGAACGAGUAGAUUUAUCCGGUGGACUGAAGUAUUUAUUAUUCAUUCUCAUGAUCGUCCAAAUGGUGUUCACGACCCGGUGGAUAUAAAUAAAUUAGCAGAAAACGUAGCGAAAGCAACGUGUACAGCUUUAGUGAAGCUACUGGAUCUACUAGCUAAUGCUGGUCUAACGAAACUUGGUGUAAGAAUAAAUAUUCAUCCUGAUAAUGUGGGUUAUGAAGCUGGUAGCGAAGGCAUGAAAUUGCCCCCGAUCUACAUGAACAGUUUGGACAACGAAUUAAUUCAAGUUCUGCAUAAAGCAGCACAAAGUCUGGAUACGCAAACUGUGCUUGAAUUAAUUUUUUACAUACUUGAUGAUUAUUGAAACCGUGGUCUGUUCACUUCUGUUUUGUUAAUGAUUUUAUUAAAAAUAACAAUAAUAGAGGUAUAAAGGCCACGAGGUUUUGUACGCUCCAAAUGUACAAUUAAAAGACUCGUGGAACCACUAAAAUAGAUCUUUCGUGAAGAAAAUAAUUUUCUAUCCCACUACUAACCUAAUCUACAUAGAUAAACAUGAAAG